UUAAAAAAUAAAUAACAAAAAAUAGAAAUUAUUUUUAAAAAAACAAUUCGGAAUCCCAACUCGCCAAGAUGUCUCGUGAUAGUGCCGCCAAUCAAUUAAUUGAUUUUAAGAACAAUUGCAAAUCCCCAGCCGGGGUGAUUACCACAACGGCGGGUAUACCAAUUGGAACGGCCGAUGCCAUGUUAUCGGUUGGACCGCAAGGACCUUUGCUUCUGCAGGAUCAUCAAUAUCUAAGAAUGUUGCAACAUUUCAAUCGUGAACGCAUUCCAGAACGUGGUGUCUUCACAAAGGGGGCAGGGGCAUUUGGAUAUUUCGAAGUAACCCACGACAUAAGUCGCUAUUGUGCAGCAACAAUUUUUGAGAAAAUCAAGAAACGUACGCCAAUUGCAUGUCGUUUCUCUGGCGGUUAUAGUUGUGAGCGGGGCUCGGCGGAUACCAUGAGAGAUGUUCGAGGCUUUGCGGUCAAGUUCUAUACUGAAGAGGGCAUUUGGGAUAUUGUAGGCCAGAAUCUGCCCGUGUUUUUCAUACGUGACCCUAUGCUGUUUCCAAGUUUGAUACACUCCCAGAAACGUAACCCCCAAACGAAUUUACGUGAUGCCGACAUGUUUUGGGAUUUUAUAACCUUACGUCCGGAGAGCUUGCAUCAGGUGUGUUUGAUGUUCAGCGAUCGAGGAUGUCCGGAUGGUUAUCGUCACAUGCAUGGCUAUGCGGUACAUGCCUAUAAACUGCUCAAUGCCAAGGGAGAACCAAUUUAUUGUAAAUUUCAUUUUCGCACCGAUCAGGGUAUACAGAAUCUUGAAGCAGCAAGAGCUGUCGAACUUUUGGCCACCGAUCCAGACUAUGCUGGCCGAGAUCUUUUCAAUUCCAUUAAGAAUGGCAACUAUCCCAGUUGGACUUUAUAUCUGCAACUAAUGACCUUCGAUCAGGCCAAGAAAUUUAAAUACAAUCCCUUUGAUUGUACAAAAAUAUGGAACUUCAAUGAUUAUCCUCUGAUAGAGGUGGGUAGGAUCAUUUUAGAUCGGAAUCCCGUAAAUUAUUUUGCCGAAAUUGAACAGCUGGCAUUUAGUCCGGCUAACAUAGUGCCAGGCAUUGAACCUUCCCCUGAUAAAGUACUACAAGGUCGACUCGUUGCCUAUGGUGAUGCCCAAACCUAUCGUCUGGGCACGAAUUACAAUCAAAUCCCCGUAAACUGCCCCUACCGUGUCAGUGUCAAGAGCUAUGAGCGUGAUGGUGCCAUGACGGUGUCCAGUAACAUGAAUGAAGCUCCCAAUUAUUUUCCAAAUUCUUUUGCUGGCCCCCAACCGUGUGAUCGUGUCCGGGCAUUGCAAACAUGCUGUCCAGUGGCUGGUGAUGUUUAUCGUUUCUCCAGUUGUGACACAGAAGAUAAUUAUAGUCAAAUUACCGAUUUUUGGGUUUAUGUCCUGGAUGAAUGUUCACGCAAACGUUUGGUCAACAAUAUUGCCGCUCAUCUCUGUAAUGCCAGCCAAUUUAUUCAGGAACGAGCUGUGCGUAAUUUCACAAUGGUCCAUGCCGAUUUUGGCCGUUUACUGACAGAAGCAUUGAAUCUGGCCCAGGCGGGUACUUUGUGUCUGGGCACGGAGUAAAAAUAUAUGUGCGAUAUGUUUAGUUUUAUUUUUAGUGUGGUUUUUUAUUUAAUAAAAUAUUUUGCAAUAUUAAAUAAAACUUCAGAGCCG